GACGCACUCCACCUCAGGCUAUACAAGUCAUCUUCUAUCCUUUGCCAGCUUCCGGUCAGAAGAAGCUAACGAAUCCAGCCAUAGCUAGGAACAAGGGGGAAAGUUACGGAAAAAGGAUCGGAUUGCGGCGGUCUGCGAUUACCGGUGAUUAUGCUGAUCUGCUGGAUUAAUCCGACUUCAGAUGUGAAGAACAGGUGCUGGAGCUGCUUCUUGAGCUGAUUGAGAAGAUAUAUCAAGCUUAUAGAGUUGAUUGAUACUGGGAGGUGUUUCAUGGGGGAUAGGCCAUGGCAACAGCCGCAUGAGCAGGCUUCUUGUUCAGCGCACGCCGAGAUGAUCCAAGCUUCUACCGCUGCUACCUCGUCCAUCCAUGGAAGCAUCAUCAGAAAGGACCCUGGUGGAUACGAGGACUUGGCAGAACUUGAUCAAGCCCUCUUCCUCUACAUCAACAGCCAGGAUAACCAAUCAGUUCAAGAGCAACCACAGACUCUCAACAUCUUCCCUUCUCGGCCGAUGCACGUCGUUGCCGAACCUUCUCCGAAGGCCGCCACCUCGACGUCGAACAUCGUCGCCGCGAGUUCUAAUUUAAAACCGCAACGUCCGCCGUCCAAGCAGUCCGCCAUGACGGCACCGGGCGGCAAGGCGACCGUCAAGAGAGAAGGAAGCGGAAGCGGCGGCGCCGGCACGCCGUCGACCUCAGAGCAGGAGGGCCCCAGGACGCCGGACGCCAAGACGCUGAGGAGGCUCGCGCAGAACAGGGAGGCCGCGAGGAAGAGCAGGCUUAGGAAGAAGGCUUACAUUCAAAAUUUGGAGACGAGUAGGGUCAGGCUGUCACAGAUGGAGCAGGAGAUGCAAAGAUGCAGCGCUCAGGGUGCAAUCUUGGGUGGUGGAGCUGGCAUUGGAGGACUAAGCCCAGAGGCGGCAUGGUUCGACGGGGAGUACGCGAGGUGGGUGGACGAGCACGACAGGAUGAUGCGGCACCUGCGGGCAGCGGUGGACGCGGAGGGGGUGGAGCACGACGCGGCGGUGACGGACGGCGAGCAGCUGCUGCGGCAGCUCAUCGACGCCGCGGCGGCGCACCACGUGGUGCUGGCGGAGCUCAAGUCCGCCGUGGCCAGGGCCGACGUGUUCCACCUCGUCUCCGGGAUGUGGCUGCCCGCCGCCGAGCGCUGCUUCAUCUGGAUUGGCGGCUCCCGCCCGUCGGACCUCAUCAAGGUUAUGGCGCGGCAUAUGGAGCCACUGACGGAGCAACAGGCGGCGGGCAUGUACGACUUGCAGCGAUGGGCGCAGGAGCGCGAGGAAGCUCUGGACCGUGAGCUCCAGGCCACGUACCGCUCCCUCUCCGACACCGUCUCCUCCGACGCGCUCAUCUCCCCCUACCCCGACACGGCCGCCUACAUGGCCCACAUGUCGCUCGCCAUCUCCAACCUCUCCUCCCUCGAGGCCUUCGUCAGACAGGCAGACGCGCUGAGGCUGCAGACGCUCCAUAGGCUGCCGCAGGUGCUGACGGCGAGGCAGGCGGCGCGGUGCUUCCUCGCCGUCGCCGACUACUCGCAGCGCCUCCGUGCGCUCAGCUCCCUCUGGCUGGCGCGGCCGCGCCAGGACCAGCCCGCCCCGCCCGGCGCCGGCGGCCGGCUGUUCCAUCCAUGAAAUCCUACAUGCAUCGUCACCUGGCCGGCCAGCUAGCUAGGCAUAUACACAGCAUAGAAGAAAAGGUAAUUAGGUUUUCAGAUAGAGGUGAUCAGAUGAUGGAUGAUCCAUUUCUUGCCCCUUCGACAAGUGGUUGGUAGUUACUUCUGGUAAUUGUGUAUAUAUAUAAGAGUAAGUUUUAACGUGCAGCUGACAAUUUGGCAGUAUAAAAAAUAAGAACUGACAUUCCUACUGUAAUCUGUGUGUUUGCUAUGCUGGACUGACUCUGCUUCUCAGCAUUGUGAAUCAUCUUAUUGCCAGUUAAACAAAUCAACGAGUCACUGUAUUUGUGUUA